AUGACGAACUCAGGCUCUCACUUGCCGCUUUCCGGUCUCCUCAGCCAUGCGCAGACAUUUGGAGAUGAAGCGCAAGGCAUCUUGAAUACGGAUUGGGUACUCGAAAUGCGUCGCGCAAACGCAACGGCAGCAGCGAGCAUUCCUGGAUACAACGUGGCAGUCAAGUAUCCGGGUGAAAGAAGCGGUAAUUGGACGGUCUCGAUAUCAGUAUCUAGUGAUAUCCUUGGCAAAGAUAACGCAAGUGGCUGCUUCGUUACUGGCACUCAGAUUGACUUGACGGCCACUCAAGGCUUGAGCGGUUCCGCAGAUCCGUCAUGGUUCAUAUGUCGCAGCGUUUACAGCAGUUCAAGACUGAAAAGUUCAGACCCUGCAUCAGGUCAGGGAAAUUGUAGUGGACUACUAUCUGACGAUUGCUGGAGUGUCCUUCAAGAAUCGCUUCAAGCAGGCACACAGUGCCAAAACAAUACUCUUCCCCCAGUUUGUGUCGAUGAGCUUGGCUUAUCAGACGGAGAAGCAUUUGGUUUGACCUCUGCGAACAGCAGUACAUCGCUUCAGAUGCGCUUAGGCAAUGAGAGCCAUCAACGUGGGAAUUUUACAGCUUAUGAUAAAGCCAUCCGACAAAUAUGGGUCGUCAUCACAGGAUUCGCCGAGACAGGUCGCGUUGAUGGGCAUCCAAGGGGGGCUGUCGGCCAGCCAGGAAAUGUUGCAUGUAUUCAGGUCAAUGAGAUCCAGCAAGGAAGCAGAACUUUCGAAAACACGGCCGAUACUGCUCUUCUUUCGAGAAUGAUAAUCUGGGUGAGCAGCAUGGUGGCGACAACUCUCGUUUAUUAG